UAAAAAUAUUGCGUUCUCGCAAUAAACUUUCACCUCAACGCGAUUUCAAACAAUAUCAAAGUGUCGUAAGUUAUACAAGAUAAAUCCAACCGCGUAGCUAGUGAAUUUAAUGAGCGGAUACGUGUUUUCCGCGGGUUUUUUAAAGAUAAAGUGUUAGAGUAGAGGACAUAACCUCUGCGAUCAGUUGUGAAAAGCCUUAAAAAGGUAUUUCAAACGCAAAUGGCUGGCAAAAGGAGUGCGAGCAGUGAUUUAAACCAUGAUAAUUGGGACCGCGAUGAUGAUGUCGAGGAUGCGGGCACUUUCCAGAAAGCGUCUGAUGAUGUACUCAAGCGCCGAAUUAUUAAAACCGCGAGAAGGCGGAAUCCAGAAGUGACUACAGGCAAUGGUGAUGAUGGAGCAAAAAAGCCAGUUUUCGGUGGUUUUACGGGUUUCGCCGGGUUUGCUCCACCGAAUCCAAACGCUGCAUUCAGUUUUCUGAACAAUUCCAACACAGUAAAGACUCCACCAUCAUCAACUAUAACAAGUCCACCUGCAACAAAACCAUCUUUAUCAAACACGUCCAUUUUCUCAUCUUCACUCACAAAUGGCGUCGAGUCCAAAGGAGAAAAGAAAACAAACACAUUCGCUGGUUUCUCAACUGGUUCAAAUAACAAGAAAGCAGACACAAACGAUCACGGCGAUGACAGGACUGAAUACUACGCGAAACUGAAAGGACUCAACGAAAGCGUCCUUACUUGGAUUGACAAACACGUCAAGGAGAAUCCAUUCAUCAAUUUGAAGCCAAUUUUUACCGAUUACGAGCGGUAUUUGACCGACUUGGAAGUGAAACACGUCAGUGUGUGCUCGGAAACAAAGAAAGAACUUGUUGGUUUUUCGUUUAAAUCCCCAAGUAAAACAAAUGAUAAUAAUACUGCGACUACUACGACUACAUCUGCGGCGUUUUCAAACACGAAUAAGUCAAUAUUUUCUUUGUCAGCCGAUAAUAAAAAGAGCGAAGAUAAAGUGGAUAAACCAACAAUGUUUGGCGGUGACACUUCCCUCUUUGGUAACAAGAAAACUAACGAUAAUAAGUUUCCGUUUGGUGCGCCAUCAUCGACUGUAACGAGUCAAACAAACGCGGAUAAAGAUAAAGCAACGUUUGUAUUUGGCAGUGCGAACGCGUCCAAGACAUCAACGAUAACUUCAGGUGCUUUUGGAAGCGGGACAAAUUCACAUUUUGGAUCGAAACCAAUGUCCACCCCAGCGGCGCCAUUUGCCUUCGGUACACCAGCGAAUAAACCGCCUGCGUUUGCGUCCACACCCGCCCAACCAACGGAAACAAUCAAUCUGGACGAAGACGACGAGGACCAACCGCCGAAAGUCGAGUUCACGCCCGUUGUCGAACAAGAACACAUCUAUACAAUCAGGUGUAAAGUUUUCGUCAAAAAAGACGGCAACUUUGGUGAUCGGGGGGUCGGUAAUCUGUAUCUGAAGAAAAUUCCCGACUCUGAAAAGGUGCAACUUAUUGUUAGAGCUGAUACGAAUUUGGGUAAUUUGUUAUGUAAUUUGAUUUUGUCCGAGUCGGUGCCAACGCAGCGAAUGGGCAAGAAAGAUGUUAUGUUGGUGUGUAUACCGCUUCCGGAUGAGAAGCCGCCGCCGGUACCGAUGCUCCUGCGGGUGAAGAACGAACAGGAAGCGGAUGCGUUGUUGAAAGAAUUGGAGAAACACAAGAAGUGAAGUGGUUGUGUGUGCAGGUAACAUAGACAACCAGUUUUACACGUUUGUUGAAACUGUGGCAAACAAAACACAAACAAAAAGGAAUAAACUUAACUAAAAACCAACUACUGUGGAGAUGAUUGUUUUUAGUUUUUAAUCUUUUUGUCAAAGUAAUUAUUAAUAAAGUUUUUUCGUAACAAUA